UGUCCACGAUGUAAACACAGGAAUUGCAUUGAAGUUACAAAGUGUGAAGAAAAGGGAUGGAAAUAUCGGAGGUGUAGUGAUGACGUCACGAUUUCGUGUGCUUGGUGGGAGGCCAAACCACAUGCGUGUUCUCGAGAUGCCAAGAGACAAACAUCGAUCAGAAGCUGUCUGCAAUGUUCACUUUCUGGACGAUAGUGUGCAGAGCUUCAGAGUGAAUAAACAAGACACUGGUCAAGUUCUGUUGAAUAUGGCCUAUAAACACCUAGAAUUGAUUGAAAAGGAAUAUUUUGGUUUACAGUUUAUAGAUGAUUCAAUAGAGUGCCCUAGGUGGCUUGAACCGAGCAAACCUAUCAGGAAACAGCUUAAAGGAGAUGCACUAAAUUUUCGAGUGAGAUUUUUUGUAACUGACCCAAGUUCUCUGCAACAAGAACAGACAAGGCACCUGUAUUUUUUACAACUGAGGAAAGAAUUUAUUGAGGGAAGGUUACCUUGUCCUCACAGCAAAGCAGUCUUGCUAGCUUCCUAUGCAGUUCAAUCUGAACUUGGAGAGUACAAUCCAUCUGAGCAUCAUCCUGGGUACAUAGAAAGUUUCCAUUUUAUACCUGAUCAAACUCAAGACUUUCAAACCAAAGUGAUGUCUUUGCACAAACAACACAGAGACCUUAAACGAUCUGAAGCAGAACUUGGUUAUUUAACUAAAGCAAAAGCCCUUGAAUUUUAUGGUGUGGAGUUACAUAAUGCAAAGGAUCAAGGAAAUUUAGAGGUGAAGAUUGGAAUAUCCUCUGGAGGCCUCAGUAUCUAUAGAAAUUUGGCUCGGAUCAAUUUUUAUCCCUGGGUAAAUAUAACGAAGAUCUCUUUCAAGAGGAAACGAUUUUUCAUUCAGCUAAGGCAAAGACCUAAUGAAUCCCAAGAGAGUGCUGUUGGAUUUAGUAUGCUCAAUUAUAGAGCAUGUAAAAUCCUUUGGAAAUCUUGUGUAGAACACCACACAUUCUUUCAAGCAAAGCAGCCACCAACUCGAGAGAAAAAAGUUCUUACAGACUAUUUUACACUUGGGCACAGAAGCCAGAACAGGACUAUCAAAAAUCAGACCUGCCAUCGUGUCAUUGGAGGAAUGGUGUGGAAUCCAAUACUAAGGAAGUCUGUAUCUGUAGAACAGUUGGAGACCAGAAGUCUUCCUUCUCGUUCUCCCCCAUCUACACCUGAUUGGCCAAGUCCAAGAAUAAGGCACGAUGCUCAAAAGCCACGGCAUUCCUCCGUAGAUAACCUUGCCACCGAGAUGGCAUAUAUCACAGAAAGUGAAGAGGUGUUUUAUAACUACAAGGCAAACAUUCCAACGAACGCAACUAAAAUUGAUACAGAGUCCAAUCCAAAAUCUGCAUCACACAGCUGGUCAGAGGAACAACAAUCACCAAAGACAUUUGGAGAGAUACAGGAGCAGGUUACUGAUACUAUCAAAAGGCAACGACGAUCACUAACAUGUUCAGUGAAUGGUGUAGACACUAACAUCCCAAAAGAUGAUCUCUGUGUUUCCCACCAAUCGGCUGGCAUUGAUUUGCAAUUUCUCGAAACCUAUGAAUCAAUGGCACCAGGAACAACUGAAGAUGAAAUAGCACCGUGCCAAUACUACUGUGAUUACAAGAGUGAUUCAGUAAGCCAUCAACGUGACUUGCUUUUGGUUCGAAUGAUUCCUGAUGAAGAAGGAAAGUUUGGCUUCAAUUUAAAGGGUGGAGCCGAUCAGAAAAUGCCUCUUAUUGUCUCAAGAGUAAGCUCAGGGUCACCUGCUGACAUUUGUACUCCCAAACUGAAUGAAGGGGAUCAAAUCUUGUUGAUUAAUGGCAGAGAUAUCUCUGAACAUACACAUGACCAAGUUGUUAUGUUUAUAAAAGCAAGCAGAGAAUCACACUCCAGAGAACUAGUACUUCUGGUCAAACGUGAAGUUGCAAGCAGUCAUUUGGAGGAAAAGAUGGAAGAUGGAAUAGCUUUCCAACAUUCUCCCAGUAAUUCCAUAUAUCCCCAUUGCGCUGAAUAUGGCGAUUCAUUAGAAGAAUCAAUGAUUCAACUUCGGCAAGGACUUGAAAGUGGAGCAAUACUAAAUCAGUUUGAUCAAUUGUACAGAAAAAAACCAGGUUUAGUCAUCUCAUGUGCAAAGAUGACACAGAAUGUGGACAGAAACAGGUAUAAAGAUGUAUUACCAUAUGAUGUCACAAGGGUUUUAUUAAAUGGAUCAGAAGAUUAUUAUGCCAAUUAUGUAAAUAUGGAAAUCUGUUGUACCUCUAUUCUUAAUAAGUAUAUAGCUGCCCAAGGUCCACUUCCACAUACCUGUCCACAUUUUUGGCAAACUGUGUGGGAGCAAGGAUCAUCGUUAAUUGUCAUGUUAACAACAUUGACAGAAAGAGGACGGGUGAAAUGCCACCAAUAUUGGCCAGAUCCUCCAGAAAUGUGCAUAUAUGGCAAUUUUCAGGUGACGUGUCACUCAGAAGAUUGUAGCAUCGCAUAUGUUUUCAGGGAAAUGACACUUACUAAUUUGGAGACAGGACUAGAACGUGUUGUCAGUCAUCUUCAGUAUGUAGCAUGGCCUGAUCAUGGUGUUCCUGAUGACUCAAUGGACUUCUUUGACUUUGUGACUUUUGUGAGAAAGAAACGGAUUGGAAGGGACAAUGAGCCAAUUAUUGUUCACUGCAGUGCUGGAAUUGGUCGAACUGGUGUUCUUAUUGCCAUGGAGACAGCAGUGUGUUUGAUUGAAAAUGGCCAACCUGUGUACCCUUUGGAUAUUGUUAGAAGAAUGAGGGAUCAGCGAGCUAUGAUGAUACAGACAUCGAGUCAGUACAAAUUUGUAUGUGAAGCCAUCCUGCGUGUAUAUGAGGAAGGUUUAAUUCGAACAUUGGAAGCAUGCCAUAAAGCAAGUUAAUACUGCUGCUGGAAAAUCUGAAAAUAAAGCGCAAACCUCGAUUCUUGGUCUGCUUCAGAAAUCUAAGAGGAGACUGGAUGAUUGAACAGGCCUGGCAUUUCAUACUGUUUCAAUAAGGAAUAUGUUUGGAUAUUUUUGUUAAAAAAGAUGCUAUCUUUUAGUACACUCUUUUUGUUAUGUAUCUUCUUAAAAAAAAAACUUACUAAGGACCCCACUGCAUCGUGAAAUUAAAAAGAUGACAGCAGUUAAGUUUAAUCCAAACAACAAUUGGCUCAUCUAAAGGUUAAAAAUAGAAGAAAUGUGUCUAAUUAAUGCUGCUAACUUUAUUGAAUCAACCAAUAAUUAUUAAUUAAAGCAGUUCACUUCUCAGAGAGAGUCAUAAUCAUACAGCAUGGAAACGGGCCCUUCUGUCCAACUGGUCCAUGCCAGUCGGGGUUCCCAUCUAAGCCAGUCCCAUUUGCCCAUGUUUGGCCCAUAUCCCCCUAAACCUUUCUUAUAUAUGUACCUGUCUAAGCACUUUUUAAUUGUUGUUAAUGUACCUGCCUCAACCGCUUCCUCUGGCAGCUCAUUCCAUAUUCACCAUCCUCUAGGUGAAAAUGUUGCCCCUCAGGUUCCUAUUAAAUCUCUCCUUUCUCAUCUUAAAUCUAUGCCUUCUAGUUCCUGAUUUCCCCAACCAUAGGGAAAAAAGAUUGUGGGCAUUCACCCUAUCUCUGCCCCUCAUGAUCUUAUACACCUCUAUAAGAUCACCACUUUUAUUCCCCUGCGCUCCAGUGAAAACGGUCCCAACCUGCUCAGCUUUUCUUCAUAACUCAGUCCCUCGAGUCCCAGCAACAUCCUCAUAAAUCUCCUGAUUUCUUAUGACUAUUGAUUUGCAGAUUUAAUGUCUCUUACUCCAUGUAGUAAAAAUUUCUUUGAAUUGGAAUGUGCUGCAUUUUUUCUUGCAAGUUGUUUGACUUUAUUUAAAUGAUAUAUAAAUAUACUCGUGUAGUCACCUCAGCUUUACAGCAACUAUAUUUGAUGUUAUGUAUCUGAUCUUUCUGAUGAGAGUAAAAUUUGAUGAAUUAUCCACGCACUGUAGGUGAGCAUAAUUAAGAAGUACUUGAUUCUUUUAAAAGCUUCAUACAAAAUAUGGUACCCAAUUUUAAAUCCUGGCUUUGACUUAGUAUUCAGUUUUCUGUCCUCGGGACAAUUUUUUUUCUUGAAGUUCUUGAAAAGGUCACAGAAUGAUAUGUAUGCUUUUAGAGUGAGAAAAAACAUCAUAAAAACAAUUCCAUGCUAAGGUGAUUCUGAUACAAGAGUAAACAGUGAAAACUAAAAUGAUUAGGUGUUAAAUGAAACGUUAUUUGGUUUAUUUAGACUACUAAAUAUUUUCAGAAUUAUAUGUUUGAAUAUCUAAUGGGAGGCCUUGGAAAAACUCAUUGUGAAUGAGUAAAGUCCUUAGUUUAGCUUAAUGUAACUUCCUUUUAUUGGGCAAUGAGAGCUGGUAUCACAUGCAAACAAUUAUAGUUCAGAAAAUUUUUCACUUUCUGUAAUUUUGCACAACUUGGCUUUAUCAUCCCAGAUGCAUUUGUAAUCAGGUGAUGAUGAAUUUCUCAAUUUUCCAGUGGUUCUGUUAGGUUGAACACUGAAGGAGAAGACACUGUCUACAUCUUGGGAACAGAUGUACAUGCCAAAUUCGGAGGCCAGUCUUGCCCAGCAUUGAUACAAGAUUUGUUAAAUGCUCCUGGCCUGGCUGUGCAAUACUUCCUGCACCAAAAAAAAGGGGAAGUUAUUUGAUUGAGAUGCAAAAGAUUUGAUUUUGAUAUACAUGCUAAUGAAACUGUUCAAUGGAACAAUAUGAGCACUGUUGGCAAAAGAGCAAUUUUCCAAUCUGGUCGCCCACUUUGUUAUUUAAAUUAUAAUUUUUUAUAGUACCCAGAAUGUUCAAUGGAAUAAAUCUAUUAUUAUGAAAAUAUAACUACUUGACUUUAGGAUUAGUGCCAAUUUAAAAAAGACAUUUGUGACCUCGUGAGUAAAUAACUAUUUCUGACUCUAGAGUCAAAUAGCUUAAUGUUGGUUGUUUUGAUUAACUUUUCAUCCAUUCACAUAAGGUAACAAUUUAUCCCCUACAUUUUAUAAAAUUAAAGUAACCAAAGUCCUAUUGUAAUACUAUAAAACAUAGUCACCAAAUGACACCCUGCCUGGGUUUGUAACUUGAAAGACUACAGCUAAUCGCAACGCAGAUCUUACUUAUACUGGGUCCUUAAAGUAUUGCUAUGUGCAGGAAUUAUUAUUUUACCCUUGUAUCCUUUGCUUUAAUGUGUGUGUGUGUGUGUGUGUGUGUUAGUUACCUGCAACAUUUUAAAUUGUUCAAUUGGCAUGAAUUUUCUUGAAAAAUAAUUUGGGAAAAGUGAGUGUUGCUGGCAAGGCCAACAUGUGGUACCUUCACUAAUUGUGUUUGUAAAAGUGGUGGUGAGGCACUACUUUGAUCUGCUUUAGUCCUUCUGGGGAAGGGAGUCCCAGGAAUUAGACUCAACAGGAAUGAAGUUAUGUAGUUUCAAGACAGCACUGCAUGUGACUUGGAGGUGAACCUGGAUGUGGUGGUGCUCCCAUGCACUUACCAUCCACGCACCUCUUGAUGAUAGAGGUGGUGAGUUUGGGAGGUACUGUUGGAGAAGCCAUUGUGAAUUACUGCAGGGCAUUAUGAAAAUUGUAGAUACUGUAGCCAUGGUGUGCUGUGAUUGAGGAAGUGAACAUCUGAGGUAGUGGAUAGGGUGCCUAUCAACCAGACUGCUUUGUCUUGCUGUCAAGCUGCUUGAAUGUUGUUAUAGCUGUGUUCAUCCAGGCACAUGGAAAGAAUUCCAUCGUAGCGGAGUGACUUUGGGAUGUCAGAAAGCAAUUCAUUUGCAUCAGCUUAUCCACGAUCUGACUUGCUUUUGAAGUUGCAAUAUUUGCAUCAAUGGUCCAGUUAAGUCUCAGUAGUGACCCACCCCACGUAGGACAUUGAUGCUGGGAGACUCAACUGUAAUUUUCUGUCUUUUGCCCCCCUCUCUGACUCCAGUGAUUCUUGAAAAAUCAGUAUUAAUGCUUCCACAAUCUCUUCAGCUACGGCUUUCAGAACUCUUGGAUGUAGGCCAACUGGUCGAGGUGAUUUAUCCACCUUUUCAGCUUCUCCAGCACCUUCUCCUUAGUAAUGGCCACUGCACUCACCUCUGCUCCCUGACUUUCUUGAAUUUCUGGCAUGUUACUGGUGUCUUUCCUCUGUGAAGACUGACAAAAGUACUUACUACUUCUCCAGUAUCAUUUUCAAGCGGUUCAAUGUCCAUUCCUGCCUCCUUCUUACCCUUUAUGUAUCUAGAAAAUACUUUUGGAAUCUUCUUUCAUAUUAUUGGCUGGUUUAUCCUUGUAAAUCAUCCUCUCUUCCCUUGUAAAUUUUUUCAGUUGUCCUCUAUUGCAGAGGAAAACCUGCAACAUCCUGGAAAUGUGAUGAUUAACCUCCCAAAAACCUGAAACCUAUUCCUUUUUGCAAGGUUUGAUGAGCCAGAAGAGAGUUUUGCUCUUGAUUGGUGAUGUCACUCACCGCCUUGCCUUAGGGAUUAUGCUGUUGAAUCAAGGCCAUAGUUGGUACUGAAGCCAAGUGGACCCAAACCAAGCACUGGUGAGCAGGUUAUUGCCAAAUGUGCUGUGUAGCUUUGUCAAUAAUACCUUUCAUCACUUUACUAAUCCUGUGAGUACUAUGAUGGGUUGGUAAUUAGUUAUAUUUUAUUUGUCUUUCUUUUUGUAAACCAAGCAUAACUUGAGCAAGUUUCCACAUAUUUAGGCAGAUGCUAGUGUUGCAACGUUUCUGGAACAAUUUUACUAAAAGUGCAGCUAAUUUGGGAUCCAGUCUUCAUUGCUACAGUGGUGGCAUUGCUGGUCCUGGACUCCUUGUUAUGUUAUUGUCAUUCAGGUAUUUCUGAAUAGUAUAUGAUUGAAUCAUAUUGGUUGAGGACUGGCAUCAAUGGUUGUGGCAGUUGCUGGAACAACCCAGGACUGAACUUCCAUUAGGCAGUUAUGGCUAAAGCUGGUUGCUAAUUCAAGUGCUGUGAUCCAUCAUUGUUGAAUUUCAGAGGUUCUUGGAGCUGUCUCCUCCCAUUAGCUGCUUUGUUGUCCACUAUCAUUCAUUACCGGCCUGCAAAAUUUCUAUCAGGCCCCUUUUUGUAUUGAUAAACUGAGCAGCAAGCUUUAUUUGUAAGGAGUAACUGAAUUGAUUCCAACUUUGACCCUUAAACUGAGCUUUGAAUCUCCUCCACAAUCCUGUUUGAAAUCAUUAACAUUAGUAAAGAGAGAUCAGUUGGGUAUUGUGACCUGCAGUCAUCUUGAUCUGAUUUUGCCAUUAUCACUCCCCCACAGGAUAACUGGUAACCACCAAAUGAAAAUGCUGUCCACUCCCAGCUCUACGAGGCAAACCAUUUUGGAAGCAUCCUUUCCUAUCAUCAUUUACCUCCUGAAUUAGUUUGAGGUCAUGGUCAUGGUGGAAUUCUAAUCCCAAAACUUCAGAUCAUGAAAAUUCAGCCCUUUAGUUUCUAAUGCAUGCUUUCUUCCUUUGGCAAGUCAUUUUCUGAAAUGUAUGUUCCUCUUAUUCCUAAUAUUAUAAUGAAUUUGCAAUACGUUGUAUCGAUGAAUUUGUACGUCAAAAGCUACCAACUGUCCAUCAAAUGAAGAAAAAAAAUCGCAUGGGAAAAGGUGAAGGCCAUUCUUUCCACAAUCCAGUUACUCAUUGCAAAUCAACCUUGCUGAGUAUGACCCUGUUUAAACACUUAAUCUUUUGGGAUCCCGAAGCAUGUAGUCAACAUAUCACAAGCCUACUGCAAUGUCUAGUUAUAAUCUUUAGAUUUCAAUUUAAAAGAAUUUAAAUUAUUUUUAUUUGUUUAAAAAUAACACCAGUGAAACACUGGUUGAAAAUAAUACUGAGUAAUUUGUCUAAAAUGGUUCUUAAAUAAUCCUCUUCAAAAUUUAUUUUGAAAAUUAUUGGAUGGUAUUCACUGCGAUGAAAUAUCAUAAAACAAAAGUAAAAUUGUAAGUAUACUGUGGCAUUAAGAUGCAGUUGUUAAAUACGAUGGAAUAACACAAGCUAGAUUUCCAUUCCUGUUCACUGAUACUCUUGCUAUGCUUAUCCAUUUAUACUGACUUUCUAAACUUUAAUUGAAAAUUAAUCAUAAGACCUGAGGAAAAUGGCAAAUCUGCAGUGUCAUAGUAUAUUUAUUAAUGAUGUGUUGGAGAAAAUGAAUGUGCAUCUCCUGUAUUUGAACAUUCUUGGACAACUAGUAAAUGUUUAGUAUUGUGCUACAGCUGGCUUACCACAAUUCUGAAAUGUCCGAAAUAGUGAUAACACAGCUUGAUGGAAACUAGGGCACUGUAUUCUCCUUCACAUAUAUAAGAAAGAUGUACGUUGAUGGGGCAGGCUACAUUGCUUUCUUGCUAAACCAGAAGCUAUCUAAAAAAGUGAAGAUCAAAGUGCCCAAUCACAGAAAAGCUUCAUGAGCUAAUCAACUUCAUUUGAUGGCAGAUUCAUCAUAUGAAGCUGACAGAGAAAUGAGGUGAACACCUUGUCCAGGCCAGAGAGAUUGUCAAGGAAAUAUCCAAACCACCCUCGUGUUUGGAGAUGUGCAGUCUUGAUCAAUGUAGGAGGCUUAAUCCCAUUGUCUCACUCAGAAGACAGAGGGCUGAGGGAACAAACUAUAGUUCAGAUAGCUAAGGUUUUCAAAAUUCCAUUGAUAAGGUCACCAAGCAUGCAAUCAAAAAUGUGUGUUUUUGUCAUGAUAUUCAGAUUGUUCAGCUGAGGUAUGCCAGUGAAUACAUAUGAUCAGUAGGACAUAACUAAAAUAAACUUUAGAGAUGAGACAUGUGCGUAUACCAUUAGGGUAUUUCAAGGCCAUUGUCACAAGAGGCACUGAACCUCUGUGUGAAACAGUAAAGCAUCAUGUUGAGACCAGAGAGAUAAUACUGAAUUAACUAGGUUGUGAUGUAAUUCACAACUGAGGUGACAUUUUGUAAAACACUUCUCAAUUCCUUAGUUUGUUUAAUACCAACUGCUCUCUAUGAAUGAGGCAAAGUGUCAGUACGGUAGCAAGUGGAAUAUAUUUUACCAUGGCAGGCAAACCUGUUGCACCCAGCCACAUGUAAUGCUCCAUCUCUAUUGAAUUUCACUAAAUUAUCCCAAGGGAUUUUUUUUCCCCUUCAUGCAUACCCAUGAGGAUAUCAACCAAUCCUUGUGCCAUUUUUGUAUUUGGGAAGAGACAGACAGAAGAGUAUAUCGUCCUUCACGAAUGUUGCACGCUUAAACUAAGAAAUGUGCAUUAUGUCUUUCAGUGCUGGUUGACUGAAAAGAAAAUGCCUCUGCUUGAUGGAAGCAUUUGUUCUAAUGUUAUUUCUAGAUUUGCGGCAAUUGCUUCCACCCUGUGCUUGUCUAUUUUUGUUUUAAGAAUAUUAUCAUUUGUCUUUUUUUUCGCUGCAUUUUCUCCAGAUAUAAUGCUGGCCAUAUCAAUUGCACCUGUACGUAAACGUACUUGUGCAUAUGACAAUAAACUCGACUUUGACUUUUGAAAGGAGACAAGACUAACAUUUCUCUGAGUGGAAGCUUCUUGUGUGGAGCAAUACAGUAACUCAUUCCAAAUGUCAUUAUGUGGUAGUAAGCAAGUUAUUGAAAAAUAAAAAAAAUCACAGAUGCUGAAAAUCUGAAAUAAAAGCAGAAACUGCUGAAAACACUCAGCAGAUCAGAGAGCAUCUGUGGAAAGGGAAACAGUUAAUAUUUCAAGCCAAAGAUCCUUCAUCUGAUGAAGUAUCUUCAACCUGAAAUGUUAACUCUGCACAUGGAAAUGUUUCCUAAUUUCAUUUCUAUGUCACCUGGCUCUGAUUUUUAGAUAAUGACAGUUUCUAGACUUCCCAACCAGCAGGAAUAAUUUCCACUACCCUGUUUGUUACUCUUACUGUCUUAUAAACUCUGUGCACCAUAGAACCAU